AUGGAAGGAGGGCCUUCAUCUGUUGUAAAUGAAGAAGAUGAUCUUAUGGACUUGCCUCCAGGUUUCAGAUUCCAUCCAACGGAUGAGGAGAUUAUUAUUCAUUAUCUUAUAAAGAAGGUUAUGGACAGGCGAUUUGCAGCAAGAGCUAUUGGAGAAGCUGAUCUGAAUAAGUGUGAACCCUGGGAUUUACCAAAGAAGGCGAAGAUGGGGGAAAAAGAAUGCUUCUACUUUUGCCAGAGGGAUAGGAAAUAUCCUACAGGAAUGCGAACAAAUCGAGCCACAGAAUCUGGAUACUGGAAGGCAACUGGAAAAGAUAAGGAAAUAUACUACAAGCAGGGAAGGAACUGUCUCGUUGGGAUGAAAAAGACUCUUGUUUUCUACAAAGGGAGAGCUCCUAAAGGAGAGAAAUCCAAUUGGGUUAUGCAUGAAUAUCGACUUGAAGGCAAUUUCUCCCACUACAACUUUUCUAGGGCUGAAAAGGAGGAAUGGGUUAUUUGUAGAGUUUUCCACAAGAGUACAGGAGUGAGGAGAAUUCCAGGUGCAGAACUAUCAAGAGUGGACUCUUUUAACGUAGAUCAUCUCCUGGAUAGCCCUACGCUACCACCUUCAACAGACAUUUCUUAUAAUCCCACUGCAUACAGAGAUAGCUCAAGCUUUAAAACUGAUCACGAGCCUGAGUUUGAAGGGAAAAUUUCCUCGUCAAGAUUAAUACAAAUGCAACAUGAUCAGAAAUCCUUCCUUUUGCCUUCACAUAAUUUGAAUAGUUUCUAUUCUACCUAUCCCGAUCCAAUUUCCUAUUCCCAUAGUGUUCCUGCUAACUCAAUGUUUUCCUACCAAGAUGGGAUCGGUUCGACAUCUAGUUAUGGUUCAAUCUUCCCCUUCAAAGGUGCUGAACAGGUUAAUUUAAAUAUUUUGAUGGCACCUGAUCAUAGGAUGUCAGAACUCGAAAAGAAGUGCAAACCUGAAGGUAACAAUUCUUGGAUCAGUCAUUCUCAAGAUACUGGAUUGAGCACUGAUAUUGCCACUGAUGGAGAUAUUGAAAGCAAGAAACCAUUUGAAGACCUUGAUGGUCUUUCAUUCAGUCCCGAUAUUUCAGAUUUUGAUUCGUUGUGGAGACACUGA